GAUAUUCCACUCGAGAAUGCCUACGAAGAAUCUCGGAGGCAAAAUAUCUUGCAGAAUAAGAUAAUUGCAGCCUCGAUCGGCAUACCGUGGAAUGGGACAAAAUCACCGCACCCCAAGUCGUUGCCGAGAUUUUUCACCCGUGUGAUGUGCCGCCAAAAGGACGAUCCCGUGGGGCUGCUGCUGAAGAAGGUAUUUAGCCGCACUGCUCAAAUUUCAUAUGUGUUGUUUGCUGAUUGAUUUGAUGAACUUUGAUUUGCAGCAGCUAGCCACUGCUCAUGUUCCUAACAAAGACAGUGAGCGCGCCAGUGAUGCAGACAUUGGUAGAAAGGAGGCGGGAUUUGGUCCUAUUGUUCUAGCAAGCAAUCAUUUGAGGGGCCACCUAGGAUCAGCACAUCUGGAUCCUCCUGAGCUCAACAUUAAGGAGAAGCAAGUGACUGCUCAUGUCCCUGCCAAGCAGCAUUGUAGCACAGAUGUCCAGAGUUCCAGUGAUGCAAACGUUUGUAGGAACAAAACAGAAGGAUGUGGCACUGGGGAAGCUAAGAUUAGGCGUCUUCAAAAGGACUUGGAUGUGGCCACUUGGCGGAACAAAGAAAUGAACCGAGGAUGGAAUUCUACAAUUCAAGAUGGCCUACAUGUUGUUGCUGAUCUGCAGAAGCUAGUGGCUGGCAACUUGGUUACCGCUUUGGCUGAUGCAGAUGUCCAUGAGAUCAACUGGACGAUCUUGGAACAGGUGAAAGCACGAGCAGAAACUCUGCACUCAUCUUUGCAGGUAGAUGAUUUUCAAAGGGUGAUGCAAGAGCCGCUAUAUGAAUAGAUUGUUGUUUCAGUUGAUGAUGUCCCUGGUUCCUUUGUUUACUUAUGUGCUGGUAGUACUUAGGGGAACUAGCUUGUACAAGUAAUUAUUUUCCGAUAAAGUUGUACAAGUAAA